AUGGCGAGCAAGACUGUCGUCCGCGCGGCGGUUACCGUCUCCGUUGCCCGUGCCCUUUCGGUUACUGGAAAGGCGGGCGCGGAGACGAAGUGGGGGAUGUUCACCGACUUGCCGCGUGCGGAGUUGCAGGCCAAGGACCUAGCGGCCUCUGGUUGUGGUAAGGACUUGCCCGGCUACUUCACGAUUGACGGCUUGAUGUGGGAGGCCUCUUGGCAGAAGAGCAAGGUUUGGAACAGCACGGAUUGCGCGCAGAUUUGCGACGCGAACACGCAUUGCGUCGGCUUCACUACCCGCAGGGGGCAUGGCAAGUUGGAGUGCUCGUUGUACAAGGGCCUCCAGAAGCAGCCGGAUCACCAAGCCAUGUCCUUCAUUAAGUGCUUGAAGGGAUUUGACACAUGCCAGGACGGAUUCCAGUUCUCCCACGCGGGGACUUGGAAGAACGGCAAGAGGAUGGUAAGACUGGACGAUGAGGACAUAGAGGAGUGCCAGAAGACGUGCCGCGCAAACAGGGGCUGCGUUGCCUUCACGCACCGCGUGACGAAAGUGGACGACAAGUUCUGCAUCCACUUCGAGGACGCGGGCAACAAGGAGGGGCCCAAGAAGGAGUCGCGCGCCAACACGUACACCAAGUGCGUCCUCGAGGGCAGCCUCCAGGUCGAGGACAACAGCACCGCGGAGGACAGCGGCACCCUGGAGGACGCGGCCUCGGCGGACGAGCCCAGCCAGGCCGGCGGCCCCGCCCACGCCCACGCCCCGGCGGCGGACGAGCAGAGCCAGGCCCCCGGGGGCGAGCAGGGCGAGGCCACCGCCUCGGAGGACGAGGACGCGCUGUGCAACGGCCCCGAGCUCUUCAGCAACCUCAUCUCCCUGUACACCCACAGCGACGCGGGCAUCGGCGUGGUCGUAGGCUCUGAGAUAUUCAACCUGCUCAUCAUUGUCGGCGCUGCAAUUAUGGCGACGAGCAGUCUCCCGCUCCACCUUGACGUCGCCCCGUUCGCCCGCGACUGCACCUUCUACGGCCUGUCCAUCGGCCUGCUCUACUGGGCGCUCCUGGACAAGCAGGUCGAGUUCCACGAAGCGCUCGUGCUCCUGGCGGCGGCGGUGCUGUACGUGGGGGCAGUUUAUUUUACAACUGACUUGGUGGCCUUCGCAUCCAAGUCUUGCUCACCCACGUCGCCGAUCUCGCCUACUGAGGCCAGAGGACGCGCGAGGACAUCGUCCGACCUGACACGGCACAGGGCUGCCUCGUUCCACGGGGUGGAGGUGCAGGUCGAGGAGAUCAUACACAGCCGCAUGACGGAGGCCAAGCACCUCAAGAAGAAGAUGAAGGCUAGCGACUUCGACCAGGAGGCCGGCAUCGAUGCUGCUCCGGAACCGCAGAAGCCGGCGCGAUAG